CUGAAGAGAGAGCUGAAGACCUCGGCCUGGGGAGAUGUCGCGCAGACCGGAGACCUCCAACGAGGAGAGCUACCUCAAUGCUGGCAGGCCUUCCAACUUGCUAAAGACCAGCUUCUCCAGCGGGAAGUUGGAACGACUGUAUCGGGCCUCCUCGCUGCAGCAGCGUCGCGGCGGACUGCAGUGCUUCCUCCUGUCGGCGAUCCUCUUCGACGUCUACACCGUGGCCUCGCCCGAGCCCGAGUUGCCUGCCAGGAGCCUCACCGCCAUCUUCCUGGGCCUCAACCUGGGUCUUCUGGCUUGGACCGAACGCGGGACCAGGGCCAGAGAUGCCCUCUGGUCUCUCGUCCCCCACGUGGCCUGGCACAUCUCCACCGCUCAACUCCUCGCCCAGUUGUUCCUCAAGUCCACCGAGGUCACUCCCAGAGAUGGCCUCGGAUGGCUUUUGCUGCUUCUGUACCUCCUCUUCGCCACUCUGCCCCUCAGGUACUCCUUGUGUGCCCUUCUCGUCCUUGGAACCGCCGCCGCUUACAUCGUCACCGUCAUUGGACUUUCCAAGGAACUCGCGCAGACGCCGCACGACGUUCUGAUCCUGACGGUGACGUUGUCCUCGGGGGCCGCCAUUUUGGGGGCCGCCAGUUAUUGUCUGGCGGAAUUUCAGCAGAGGAGGGCCUUCCUGGAGACUAGACAAAGUUUGAAGGUGCAGUUGGUCAUCGAGGAGCAGAGUGCUGAACAAGAACGGCUUCUCUUGAGUGUCCUUCCCGAACACGUCGCCGUGAAGAUGCGCCAGGACCUCGGCGCCUCCAUGGACACUCAGUUUAAGAAAAUCUAUAUGUCGAGGCACGAAAAUGUGUCGAUCCUUUACGCCGACAUCGUCGGGUUCACCGCCAUCUCCUCGACGUAUAGUGCCAGCGACCUGGUGAAGAUCCUCAACGAGCUCUUCGCCAGGUUCGACCAGCUGAGCGAGAGGUACGAGCAGCUUCGCAUCAAGAUUCUGGGCGACUGCUACUAUUGCAUAAGUGGUGCACCGGUGGAGAGGCCAGACCACGCGGUGCUCUGCGUCCACAUGGGCCUAUCUAUGGUGGAGGCCAUAAAAUACGUCCAACAGAAGACGAACAGUCCCGUGGACAUGAGAGUGGGCAUCCACACAGGGGCGAUCCUGGCAGGGGUCCUGGGGCAGAGGCAAUGGCAGUUCGACGUCUACAGCAAGGACGUCGAGUUGGCCAACAAGAUGGAGAGCAGCGGCAUGGCGGGGAGAGUGCACAUCUCCAACGCGACGUUGGGCUUCCUCAACGGGGAGUUCGAGGUGGAACCGGCCUAUGGAGAGGAGCGAGAAGAGGCUCUGCAAAGAGCCGGCAUCGUCACUUACUUCAUCGUAAGGGCUUUGAAACCCUUCAGGCCAGCCGUGACGAAGAGCCUGGCGUCCCUGGCCGACGCAGAGUCCUCGCAAAGGAUCCUGGACGUCGACGACUCCAGGAACAAGGAGGACUCGGAGGAGUUCAGGCAGCGCCUGCGGGAAAAACUGGACAGCAAGGGUGGAGCCACCGACCUGAAGGGCCACGCGUCCUGGCUAACGCUUCACUUCAAGGACCCCAACGUGGAAUCCGCGUUCCACAGCGCCGAGGAGGCGUUUUCUCCCCUGUCUCUUCUGGGUGGUCCUCUGGUCCUGAUCUGCGCAUCCCCCGUCUGGAGGUUGCAGCCAUGGGGCCCCUUCACCUGGGGCGGCGCGGUGGUGGUCACCCUCUUCGGCAUCGUCCUGGCAGGCGCCACUUGCCUCGGCAGCGCCGUCAGGGCCAGAUGGCUCAGGAGGACCCUGGGCCUCCUCAUGAUCUUCUCCCUCGUCAUCUAUCUCCUCCUCGACAUGGGUAACUGCGCCAUCAUCGAAGAGGUGGACCCUCCGACCAACGCGUCCAUUGGGUGGUCCCCAAGGUGCCCAUACCCAUCGUACUACUCCUAUAUCGGCGUUUUGGCUCUGGUUGCCAUUUCCAUGCCAGCCUACAUCAGCUACCUCGGCAAGGCGUUUCUGAUGAGCCUUCUGGCAGGGGCUCAGUGCACCAUCAACGUCCUCUUCAUCGGCUCCAACUUGGACAGAGAAGACAUCGCGUCGACUCCUCCGGGUCCUGUACCCUUCCCUUUAAAGUACUCCUUAUCGGCCACCCUUAUCACUAUCGCAGCUGCCCUGGUCGUCGUGGCCAGAUACACCGAGAAGGCCAGGAGGGUGCUGUAUCUACGGGGUAGAGAAGUGGUCGCCCAGAGGGAACGAGCUGCUGAUAUGGAGAGGAGGAAUGGGGCACUCAUCUAUAAUAUCCUGCCACCCCAUGUCGCGGCAUAUUUCCUCUCGAAAUCCAGACACCAUGACGAUCUCUAUAGCCAAAGCUACGCCGAAGUUGGCGUCCUCUUCGCGAGUAUUCCGAAUUUCGCCGAUUUCUACAGCGAGGAGAGCAUCAACAAUCAAGGUCUCGAAUGCCUCAGGUUCCUCAACGAGGUCAUCUCCGACUUCGAUGCCAUCCUGGACCACGACAAAUUCAAGAACAUCAUCAAGAUCAAGACGAUAGGCUCGACUUACAUGGCGGCCUCGGGCAUCACCGAGUCUCCGGAACCGGAAGACGGUCCCAGAUGGGCACAUCUCUCCACUCUGGUGGAAUUCGCCCUGGAGCUGAAAAAAGCCCUAUCGGGGAUAAACGAGCAGAGCUUCAAUCAUUUCGUCCUGAAGAUGGGGAUCAAUCAUGGGCCGGUCACCGCGGGGGUGAUUGGGGCUAGGAAGCCCCAUUACGAUAUAUGGGGCAACACCGUGAACGUGGCCUCCAGGAUGGAAAGCACUGGAAAAGUUGGAUGUAUACAGGUGACCGACGAGACGAGGAAAAUUUUGGAGCCCUUCGGGUUCGGCUUCGAGCAGCGAGGAAUGGUCUUCGUUAAAGGAAAAGGACAACUUCUGACCCAUUAUCUGGUCUCCAAGGAUGGGGUAUCCUUGAACCUGGACAGCGAUCUUCCGGUGAAACCUGCUCACCCCAUCAUCUACCAAUAA